GGCCGGACUCUGAGGCUUCCAGAAUUGUAAGAGGAGCCAACCCAGGGUGUUGGUCUGGGUCUCAGACACAUACUGUUCCGCUGACCGGUGAGCAGCCCUUGAAGAGAUAACAACUGCCUUCCACCUGCCACCUCUGAGGAUCUGCCAGUCUCCAAAAGCAUGAAAGAGCUGAACCAGAAUGAGCUCUCUGAAGAUGAAGCUUGGGAGAGAUUUUGGGGGGAUUCUGCCUCCAAGAGGGAAGAGGCCAACACGUUCUAUGAGACCCUGUGUGGGUUAUAUGGAGACAAGCUAUUGGAUGACACCAUUUGGCAAGAUGAUGGUCUCUCAGAUGAGGACAAAAUCUUUCUGAAAGAGUUUCCUGAGAAAAAGAUGGAACUAGAGGAGCGCAUCCACAGCCUCCACGCUGUUGCAGACCAAGUGGACAAGACCCACAAGAAAUGCGCCAUCACCAAUGUGGUAGCGGACUCCACCAGCGUCCUCUCUGGCGUCAUGAGCAUCUUGGGCUUGGCUCUUGCGCCAGUCACAGUAGGAGGAAGCUUGAUCCUCUCAGCUUCUGGGAUUGGCUUGGGUGCGGUAGCUGCUAUCACCACUCUUUCCUCAAGCGUCAUUGAACACGCCAGCAACUCAGCAGCGAGACAGCGAGUGAGCAACCUUAAGGGGAUCAAGGGACAAGCAGCGGUGGACUUGCUGUAUCAGGAGGCCCCCCAAGUUGUUUCUGUUGCUCAGAAGUGUGUUUCUGAGGGUAAACAAGUCAUGAAAGGAAUCAAAAAGAACAUUCGUGCCUUCCGCUUGGCGAAAGCCAACCCCCAUUUAACUACGACUGCCAAAAGUUUAAUGACCACUGGGUCCGUCUCAACCCGGAGUGCUCGGAAGGUGCAGAAGGCCUUCAGUGGCACACCCCUAGCCAUGACCAAAGUCUGCAGGAUGACAAGCGCUGUGACAGCAGGUGCAUUGGUUCUGGUGGACAUGAUCACCUUCAUUCAUGAUCUGAGCCACGUACUGGAGGGGGCAAAGGCUGAAAUGGCGGAAGAACUGAGGCAACAGGCUCAAGAGCUAGAAAGGAAACUUGAGGAGCUUUCCCAGGCCUGUAAUAGUCUGCUGGAUAGCAUUACCUCGCACAGCAACAGAGAAGGGGAGAGUGUGGAUGACAUGGAAGGAUCAUCUCAAUAGGGGCACAAAGUGCCUUCCUUUAGGUUAAGGUUUAUGGCGUGUGUGUAUUUCCUGUGUUUCCUAAUUCUUCACAUUCUCUUCUUUCUAUAUCUAUCUGUAUCUCUCUCUCUCUUUUUCUCUGUCUUCACUGUCUCCUUCUGUGUUUCUCCUCAGUCUCAUUUUCUGUCCCUCCCCCUUCACCAUACGCAUAUAUGCGAUGUGCACAUUUGCAUAUAGAUCACCUAUAUGCAUGCACAUGCACAUACAUGUGAGUAUAUUCACAACACAUGUGUGUAUAUAUAAUUGUAACAGCAAUAUUUUUAAAUAGUACAAUUUACAGAUUUAUGUAUAUGCCUAUCUGGAUGCCCAGAACAAAAUGGGGAAGGAGUCUGAUUCUUCUCAUUGGUCCAAGAAUCAUUGCACAUAUGAGGUACAAGGCUACUAUGGUUGGAAUUGGCACAAGGGUUGCCACCUGGCAUGGAGGACCCCUUGGACACUGACCACAAGCAAUAUUGUCCUGGUGGGUACUUCUUCCUCUAGUGAGAUGACCAUAAGGGAAGACAUCUAAGGCAGGUUGGGCCACCUUGUUCCAACCAUUGGCCUGGAAGGCACGGAGUAUUUCCUGUUGGACCAACCUGCUAUGUGACCCACAAUGGAGCCUCCCGGGUCCCGGACAUAGCUAUGUGGCUACUUUGGAUAGCCUUUCUUGAUGAACUUUGUCUCAGCCUUUUUGAGAGUGUGCCAAAUACUUCCUUUCCCUGAACCUCCCCUGUCAGGGCUUAAAUACCACCAGUUUAUGAAGUGAUGGUGAUGGUGAUGGUGAUGGUGAUGAUCGUAAUGAUGAUAGUGAUGAUGAUGGUGAUGAUGAUUAACUUCUGGAGUGCAGGGACUGUUUGGUUUUUUCUUUGUGUCUCUCACCACUGAACUUGGCAUACAAUAGGUGCAUAAUAAAUGCUUGUAAUUUGAUUGCUUAAACAGCAAUAGUGAACAUUUAUUUAUAUAGUAUAUAAAGCACCUAAUAAUUUAAUUUGAUCACCAGGGCAAGUGUUAGAGGCAUAGUGGUAAAAUAAAUUAAGCUUUGUUUUGGGAGUCUGGAAACCUGGGCUGUAACACAGAUUCUGACAUUUACUAGCUGUGUGACCUUGGGCAAGUCACCUCUUCUCUGGGUCACAGUUCUCUCCUUGAUGAAAUGAAGGGGUCUCUCCUUGAUGAAAUGAAGGGGUUGGUUAUUAAGGUCCCUUCCAACUUUAACCUCCUGUGUUCUC